CGAAAAAGGCUCUGAAAGAGGAGCUGCAGUGGAGAUGGAUCCUCCGAUUAAAGAGCAGAGAUGAACCGUGACAGCAUCAGAUGACUCCAUUCACACUGGUCAUUUACCCAAAGAUUGUCCAGAAUGGCCCCCAGUUGCAGGUCCACAUCUGGUCAGUAACCCUCCUGGGCUGGACACCAUGAACAUCUCCAUUCCUUCUAUCCUGUUUGGUCUUGGAGGGAAGUGUCUGCUCAACUGGGCCCUGGUGUUUCUCCAGAGGAUUCACAUCUGGAGAAGCUUUGUGGGGGUUUUCAGUCUAUCCCUGGCUGUAGCUGACACGGCCCUGACCCUUGCUGUUACCACCAUUUAUGUCCACGCUGAUGGACACUUCCUCUACAUGGGACUGCAGCUGACAACCUACCAUGUAUGUUUGCUGGUUCAAAUCCUUGGACACAUCUACAGGGUGCUGCAUUGGUCUGUGGUGGCGCUAGCCGGUCUGGAUCAUGCCUUCCUUGUGUCUCAGAGGCUGGACCUAACCGCUGUCCAGACCACAUGGAUUGUGUAUUUAUUCGUUGCGGGCCUGCUGUGGUAUCUGGCCGUUCUCUAUGUCUUUGUGUUGUCAGAUCUCAGUCCUGUCUUGGAUGAUGUGCCUCACUACCAGAUGCACCGGUGCUGGAUGCCCCAUACAUCCCAGAUCCAAGAUGUUCUAAUGGUGCUGGUGUUCUUCAUUCUGGGUUAUAUAGUCUGGCAUGGUGGACGUCAAACACUCCGAUUAUCCAGCAGUCUUAAUCUGAAGGACCAAGUUAUAAACCAAAGUGGAAUUCACUCCAGGAUACACUUUGUUCUCCAGGUUUUGCAUAUAUUUCUGAACACAUGGGCCUUGUUCCUGGUUUUUCUAGCGGUGCUCAUCCUCCUGCCUGUGGGAAUACCUGCAUACCUGGGUCUGAACGUAGCCUGGCUCUCAUUCCUUAACAGCCUUCUGAUUGGAGUCACUCUAUGUGUACUACAUCCAGCCUUUGAGCUAGCACAGGGCUUGGCAGCAGUUCCACCAGAUAGCUUCUGUGAGUGGAAGUUUAAAUUUAGCCUGGCAACAGAUGACACAACCUGAUUUGACCAAUAAACACACUAUGGAAAAAGUUUGGAAUGGCUGAUCUCUGCUCUUAACAUUGUUUUGGAAUUUGUGGCAUUAAAAACACUUUGUUAUCAGGUUCUGUGAACUUACUCCCAACCAAGGUUCUAAUAGUUUUAAAUGUUUCAUUAUAGUUUAAUUUUGACUUUUUUUUCUCUAAUUUAGUUCGUUUUCAUUCGUUUUUA